UUCCCUCCUACUCGCUCACUCUGUCCUCCAUGCCUCUGCUGCAGUGGCUCUCCCUCCCCGCUCAUUCCUCCCUGUGCCGGCUAGGGAGACACAUACCGCCUGCUGCCUGCUGCCUGUCUGCCUGAGCUCCAGGCUCUGCUGUCCUCGCCGCUCCCUCCCCCCACAUGCAGCUCUCCGUAAGGGGCAACGCUGACAUCCCCCGACUGCCUCCACAGCUCCAUUGCUCUGCGGUGCAGAUGCUCGCUCUCUCUGAGUGAGUUUUUUUCCCUCUCCUCUGCUUGCUCUAGCUCUCAGGCUGAGGGAUUCAGCAGAUAAUCAGUGUGUCGGCGAGUGAGAGUGAGCGACUGAAGCAAAGAGAGAGAGAGAGUCUGGAUCAGGUGCAGGAGCCUUCCCUUCGUCUGUCUCUUUCUGUUACUCUCUCUUUCAGUCUGCCUUCAGCCUGGCACAUACAGAAGGGUAGACAGGACUCAUAAUCCAGAAAUAAGCCAUCAAUUCACUCUACUUCUCUGGGACUCACCGCAAAGGAGGGAGAAGAGGAGGGAGACACUCACAGCAGGACUUUGCAGACUGACAAGUCUUGCGUUUUUAUUUCUUUGCUCGCUCUGCGUCCCACCUCACCCUGCCCCUCCCCUCUAUCCCACCCGCACCCCUGCUUGCUCCAGCCAACACACACACACACCCAAAGUGUGUAUCCAGGGGAGGACUGACAGACAUACAGAUAAACAGACGGACUGACAGAUUGCCAGACGGACCCAGUAGGAUAUGGAGUCCAAAGGAAGCGGCAGGUUCACUAUGUCCAGGUGUUUGCGUUCAGGAGACACCGUCCAUGCCAGUGUUGUCGUCACACUUCUGCUCGGUGUAUGGUGUGCUUCAGCGCUGGAGGUGUCAGUGGGGAAGGUGCCCUUCAUGGAAGCGAUGAACGGCAGCACGGUGCUGUUACCCUGCAUCUACUCCAGCUGCAUCGGCAUCAAGAACCUGUACUUCAACUGGCAAUACAACGACAACGGCACCAUGGCGAAGCUGUGUGAGGCGGUGAUCCCUAUAGAAGGUGUGGAACCACGGGUGCAGGUGUACCAGGAGCGGAUAGAGUUUGUCGGCAGCAGCAAGCACAACAACAUCUCCAUCCUGCUGUUCAACGUGACCUUCGAGGACGAGGGCGAGUACACCUGUUUCGCCCGGAACCCCAAGGAGAAGAACCGCAACCAUAGCGCCGUCUUCACCCUGUUCGUGGUGGAUGAACUGAAAGUGGUUGACAAUACCGUAACCACCAUCAUCGUGUCUGUCGUUGGCGGAGUCAUCGGGUUGAUCAUUGUUGUCAUGGUGACAAAGACUGUGGUGCUCCUCAUCCUAAAAAAGUCUGCAGAGAAGAAUAAAGAGUGCCUUGUGAGCUCAGGACAGGACAACACAGAAAAUGGACUCAGCGCAGCCAAAGCGGACAACAAAGCCACACCAAAGGCAUGAAACAUGUGCACCUAUGUAUAUGUACAUAUAUGUCUGUACAUGUAUAUAUGUACACAUGAAAAUAUAUUGAACAGGCAUAGAAAGAAAGCUAUUAUCAAUGAACUGUUUUAUCUUUAUCUAAUGACAAAAGUAUAACAUAAACCAAUGUGAAAUAGUAUGUCAAAUGUAUAUUUUAAAUUGUGCUAGAGAUUUUGGGGAACAUGAUAACUGAUCAGGGCUGGCUCAGACACUCCAAUGACACACCCUAAAGAUUGUGUAUCCGAUUCAGAGUUUAUUGAGGUAUUUAUCUGAAUCGCGCGAAAGCCUACUUUCCGAACAUUUCUGGAAUCAACAUCAAUGUCUCACCAGUUACUCAUUCAUGUACACUAUGUAAAAACAUCUGGUUGACGUUUAUUGGGAUGAAUCUUGUCCUGGGGGCAGAGCUGAGCGGUUUCCGCUAGAUUUAAGAUUAGGGUUAGGCAUAAGGUUAACAGUGUGGUUAAGGUUAGGGUUAAGGUUAAGGUUAGGUUUAAAACAGAAGAGGAUGGACUCAUUGUAAUGCCUGGAAUGGAUGGAAUGGAAUGGAGUCAAACGUGGUUUCCAUAUGUUUAAUGUGUUUGACACCUUUCCAUCAUUCCAUUCCAGUCAUCACAAUGAGCCUGUCCUCCUAUAGCUCCUCCCACCAGCCUCCUCUGGUUUAUAAUCUGAUUUUUACUUUGUGGCUAAACCAGCUAGUGACCACCCUGCAGAGCUGCCUCCAGGACAAGAUUCAUCCCAAUAAACACACACACACACACACACACACACACACACACACACACAAACACACACACACACACACACACACACACACACACACACACACACACGCACACACACAGUAACUCACACACUGCCAAGUUCUACGAACUGCCAUAUUGUAUACUCUACAACAGCACAAUAUAUUCUGACCAUCUCUGCAGCUCUUUUGAUUACGAGACAUAUUUAUGGUAGCCUACUGCCCGAUAGAGAUUCUUUGUACUCUCUGCGCACCUUGUACAGGGGGCAAACAGCUUCCCUUCUUUAACCAUAGUGAACCUUCACAGUCCAUUUUUGACAGAAAGGCAAUGCCUUGAAAGCUGAUCCGGAACUAAUUCCAUACAGUAUCAAUUGUGCCUAUUCAAUAGGAUAUACAGUAACUAAAAGAUCUUCACCACUAUGAUGAACGACUGCUACGGUUACUAAGGUCAAGACUCUUCAUUAGAUCUGCGUACAGAGUACAAAUACUGUCCUUUGGACGGCAACGCAGUGGGCUGGGUUAUGAGCACAAUGUCACUGCGGAGGAAAGGAAUGUGAUAAAGGAGAAGAGGAAGAAGGGAGUCAUUGGAGUGUAUAUUAGAUCCAGGCCGGAACUGGUUUGAUUCAUUUUUGCAUUAGAUGAAACACAGGUGCCUGUACUCACUUCCUGCUCCCUUCGCUUUUAGGGAGCCUUAAAACCGCCAUGAAAAACACACAGAAAAAAAAAAAAGAUUUAAAAAACACCGAAAAUAUCAAAAAGAUCCAGAACUAAAGUAAAGACAAUUCCCGCCUAACCCAUUUCCCUGUAGAAAUGAAUGAACAUUUAUGAUGCUGCUUCUAACAAAUAACCAAUGCAUUUUUCUUAGCAUGUGAAUGUUGUUUAUAUAUAUGCGACACGUCCAUACCACAGGAAAGACUGCUCUCUAGUGUUCUGUCAUCACCUGGCCUGCAUGCAUAGUGGAUCUGUAGGCCACUUGCAGUUAUCUUCACAUCCACUUCAUUCGAUGCAAACCCCCAUAGCACUAACAUGUUAAUGUGGCGACGAGCCUAUAACAGGAUAAUGCCCUCCAUCUUCAGUACAGCAAAACAUUGCACCAUUGACUCGGAUGCCAACUACCAAGCUGGCUCAUCAUCGUUACCCCCUUGACCUUGUGUAGCCUACACUGUCCCGUAUUCAAAUCAAUUGCCAUAUGAACCGAAAGGCCCACUACUGGUAUGCAUGAGUUUGAGCUGCAGAAUGUAGCUACUACAAAGGUUCGUUGUCCGUAAUCAAAGCAUUCCUUUAUGACUCCGGCCCCUCAAGACUGAACGUCAUAUUGCCUCGAUGGGAAACAUGCAAUUCUCAAAGCGAGCAUCUCAAACCAGGCCAAGCCAUAACUCAUCUGUUGAAAUGUAUUUAUCUCAUUUUCAACCUGUUUCUAAAGCAAAUGGGUUACUUGUACAUCCAUAUUUGUUCAAAUUCAGAGGUGCCACUUGAAGUGACGACCACACCUUUAUACGUCUAGGUGUGUGUAAAGCAUCAUUGUAGUUGCAGAGCUCAGACCCAUACAUGAAUGUCCACUUCGUAGGGUUUACUCAUCUGAGAUGGAAAUUUAGUAGGCCCCUCCAUCUCCGUCUCCUCGUCCUGAGACAGUAAAAUGUACAGGGCUUUAGGGAGAGAGUGUUGCUGUAGACUUAGGAAGGGUGUUAAUAGGAACCUUACUCGUGUAGAGUAUCCUUAUGAACAUCUAGACUGUGGUUGAUAUGAGGAGUAGAGAGCGAUGUGCUUGUAGACUCUGUAGGGAAGGUGAUGUUUGCCCCGGUUGAUUAUAACCGUAUUGUGUGUGGCGAUAGAUAACAAGUUAGAUCUGGACAACUAGUCUGUCUAGGGAUAAUCCAUUCUAGACCUCCCUCCUUCUAUUCCCUCACCAUGUUGAGGUUGCAUCGUAGGAAAGGUCUCCCUCAUCACUUGACCUGCAGUACCUUUUUUUUUAAUUUACCAGAGGCCCCGGUGACAUGGAGAGCCAGGGAAUGCUUUUAGACCGAGUGCUGCCAUACUCACUUCCAUCCCAUGGUUGUGAUUUGAAUCCUAUAGGGUCAUUUAGUGGAUGUAGUCGUGGCACUGGACUUACGUUUGCCAUGUAGUGUCUUAGCUUUAGAGAGCAUAAGGUGACACACAUGAUAUUGCGGCAUCGUUCCAGCAGGUUCUUGCAGAAUCACCUUGUUCACCCUUUACCGUCUCUGCCGUUUCUGUAUUCUACUCAUACAUGACCUGUGUUUAACGGAAGCAAUACGACUGGCAACUUUCAUGUGCUGUUGUGGUGGUAAAACAGAUGAUGCAAUAGCCAACUCAUGAAACUAGAUACUGGGUACGGAGGUGUGCUACCUGCUUUAUGCACUGAUGUACCAACUGUUUGCAGUGAUGUGGUCCAUGGUGGCACUCCUGUCCAUUGUAUUACCCCGUUGAAAACCAGUGACACACAGAGACACACAGAGACACACAGAGACACACACAUACACAAACACACACACACACACACUCUCUCUCUCUCUCUAUUGGUUCCAUGUAGUCAGUGAACCAUUACUUCUUUGACAUUGGGGAAAAGCACACAAAGCCUGCUUCUGGGAGAAAAGCAAUACUAUUCAGUUGAUCCUUGUCUGUCAGUGUCUUUGUAUAAUCAAGCCCUCCGUUGAGGUAUUCGGAAGGAUCAUGUCGAUGAAGAAAAUGAUUCAUAAGGCUAGUUAUUGUAUCCGUAUCUUGUUGUUUGCAGAUUCAUUGUCCCUUCUGUAACUUUAAUCAGAUCUGACAAUGUACAAAAAUACCAUUAGUAUUUCUUGUGUGUUACGAAGUACAGAGUUGUCCUUCACUGUUCACUGCUUCAGUAUCUCUAGGAGAACAGUAUCUGUUCAAGCCCCUCAGUAUGAACAGUUCCACAAGCUCUGAGCUCAACUAGCCAAGUCUGAACUGAGAUCAACCAGCUCUGAGCUCGACUACCCAUGUCUGAACUGAGAUCAACCAGUUCUGAGCUCGACUACCCAUGUCUGAACUGAGAUCAACCAGCUCUGAGCUCGACUAGCCAUGUCUGAACUGAGAUCAACCAGCUCUGAGCUCGACUAGCCAUGUCUGAGCUGAGAUCCACAAGCUCUGAGCUCAACUGGCCAUGUCUGAGCUGAGAUCCACAAGCUCUGAGCCUGAUUGUGCACGUCUGAGCUGCGGGGCGCAGCAGUGAGCAUGCCCAGUGUAGUGAUCCUCUAGAGGCAGUCGCAUAGCUGCAGUGAUGCAUUGUGGGCCACAUGUUAUGAUGGACUAAAAGCUGCAAUCAGCUCAAGCCUGCGUCGUCGCGGCAGAUCCACACGACUCACCCUGUGAACCAACGUCUCAGGCAACACAGACUAACAGCAUGGCUGGUAGUAUUACGAGUAUUACUUACAGCACACUGCCUAUUAUUAGGCACCAUUUGAUAGAAUCCCAUCACACUUGCACAACCAUGAAAUGAAACAAAUGUCAUGUGUCUGUUAGUUUUGAUACCUUGUGCACAUUAUGACAGUACACAGAAAUACAGCAAGCCUGAUGAUUCACUGUUUUACGACUACAGCAAAAACCCGGAAAAUGAUACAGAGCUAUAUCUCACGUUCAAUGUUAUCAAAAUACUUAUCUAGCAUGGGAAAUCCAAUCAACGCAAAUACAUGCCAUGAAUUCUCUGCAGCUCAAAUAAGAAUACUCCAAUUUGCUAAUAAUGCAUUGUACAUUGCCACAAGGUAUAUGUGUUCAAUAUAAAGAUCUACAAUGAAAGUCGGGACACAAAUAUAAAUAUAUCCAGUCAUAACAUUGUCUGCUUCUUAUAUAACAGAUGUAUUAAUCAUCUGAUUUGAUACUAAUAUGGGUUUCCUGUGGCCCACUGCCAGAGCGACUCCUACUCACACUGCCAAGCCAAGAGUUUGUGAAGUCUGCUCUCUGCUUCCCACAUUCCAGUGCAGAGAACACCUCCUGCUCCAACCUGCAGUAUACUGUACAGUACAGGUCCUCUGGCCAAACUGCAUUUUAAAACUCCUUUUCUAAGUUUUAGCCCACCAAGGCCAAGCAAACAAAUAAGCAAAAUAAAGUUGUAUCUAUUUUCAUCCUUAUCACAAUGGGUGUGCAUUUGUAGCCAACUGAAGCUACCCACAGCACAGUCUACUCUAUAGUCAAAUAGAUAGGAAUUUACUCUGAGCUCAUAAGGUAGCCAGGUUACUGCCUGUUAGGAUCACUACACACACACACACAGGUUUACACAGUUUUCACCCAUGAUCCUCUACUCCACGGAGCUGUUCAGGGUUCUGAGGAGGGGCUGUUUUCGCUCCCUCACUGGCCUCACCCACAGGAUGACUGUCUGUGGGUAGCAGUCCCUAGAUGGCCAGGCUCGAAUGGUCUCAAGUGGCAGUAUCAUCCUGAUGUCUAAGUACAGCGCAUUUGCUCUUUCUUAUUGGGGUUUAACGAGUGCUGUGCUUCCAUAAUGUCUUGCUAAAUUGUAACGACCGCUGUCAAGCCCAAGCUGAGCAUGAGGGCUAAUGUGGCUCGUGCAGAGGAAAACAGCUCGCCCUCUCACCCACCAAAACACACACACGCUUACUGUGAGGCAGUCACUGACUGACCUGACUCAACCCCCUCAGGUCUCUGAGGUGAUGCUUCCUUUAAGAACUAUAAAGUGAAUGUGCAACACACCCCUCCUACUCCUGUUUCUGUAAUAGUGUCUAACGUUCUCCCCUCUCAUUAACUAUGCACCCCAAUUGUUUUUUUCCCUCUGGAAUUGUAGAGAAGAGAAAAAAAAGUAUAUAUACAGGAAAUAAAGGUUUGCAUAAAAGGA